AGCUGCUACCAAUCAGACCUAAUUUGAUCAGCCAUAAUGUUCCGUAAUCAGUAUGAUAACGAUGUUACAGUUUGGAGCCCCCAGGGCCGUAUACAUCAAAUUGAAUAUGCAAUGGAAGCUGUGAAGCAGGGGUCAGCCACAGUAGGACUGAAAUCAAAAACUCAUGCAAUUAUUGUUGCAUUAAAACGAGCAGCAUCAGAGUUGUCUGCUCACCAGAAAAAGAUCUUGCCUAUUGAUGAUCAUGUGGCUGUUUCCAUAGCAGGCCUGACUGCAGAUGCUCGACUCUUAAGUAAAUUUAUGAGGAGUGAGUGUCUCAACUCCAAGUAUGCAUAUGAUAGACGAUUACCUGUCUCAAGACUUGUUUCUGCAGUGGGGGACAAGAUGCAAAUACCAACACAGCGAUAUGGCAGAAGACCAUAUGGAGUUGGUCUUCUUGUGGCAGGAUAUGAUGAUAUGGGUCCACAUAUUUACCAGACAUGUCCUUCAGCUAAUUACUUUGAUUGUAAAGCAAUGGCUAUUGGUGCUAGGUCUCAGUCUGCAAGAACAUACCUUGAGAGACACCUGGAUGAAUUUCCAGAUUGUGAACCUGAAGAGCUCAUCAAACAUGGCUUAAGAGCACUAAGAGAGACUCUUCCAAAUGAACAAGAACUGACAAUAAAGAACUGUUCCAUAAGUGUGGUUGGCAAGGAUCAGGAUCUGGUGAUUUACAGUGAUGAAGGUGUAGCUCCUUAUUUGGCUGGAAUUGAUCAAACAAAGAGACGAAGGGGAGCUGAGGCUGCUGGUGAUGUUGCUAUGGAAGCAGAGUCUCAGGCUACUGGUGAAGGAGAUGCAGGUGAUAAACGACCAGAAGGAGAAUCAAUGGAAGCUGAGGAGAGCUAAGCUUAUCUCCUGUUGCACUACAAGCACCGUACAGAGCCAGAAGUUUUCCUCAAAUACUAUUGCAAUCCGUAGUAUUGUUUUGUAAAAGUUACAAAUAAAUCUUCUCUCAAAUAA